GUCGUGACGUCGUUGGUGGCUCGUGUUUGAAAAAUCUCCGCGCUGAGAGAGACUCGCACCGAAGAACAAAUGGUACUAUAAGUUACAUACAAAGGUGGUGGAGUGAGCAUACACAAGUGUCUUAAGAAGAAAUUAUGUCGGGAGAAGAGGUUUGUAGCCAUGUGAAAGUGGUGGUCCGCGUCCGUCCACUGAACACAAAAGAAACUGAUGGGAACUUCAAGAAGGUGGUUCAUGUUGUGGAUAACCACAUGCUCAUCUUUGAUCCAAAAGAGGAGGAAGUGACGUUUUUCCGCGGCCAGAGAGUCGGCAACAGGGAUGUGAGAAAACGAGCUAAUAAGGACCUCAAGUUUGUGUUUGACCAUGUGUUUGGGGAGGACUCAUCUCAGGUGGACGUGUUUGAAAGCACUACUAAAGGAGUGGUUGAUGGAGUCCUAAAUGGCUACAACUGCACAGUUUUUGCCUACGGAGCCACAGGAGCAGGGAAGACUCACACAAUGCUAGGAAGCAGUGAUGACCCAGGAGUUAUGUACCUCACAAUGAAGGAACUCUACAACCGUAUGGACCUUAUUAAGGAGGAGAAAGUCUUUGACAUGGCUUUCUCUUACCUAGAGGUUUAUAAUGAGCAGAUUCGUGACCUUUUGGCCAACUCCGGUCCACUGGCAGUACGAGAAGAUGGUGCAAAAGGAGUGGUUGUCCAGGGCCUUACUCUUCACCAGCCCAAAUCUGCGGAGCACAUCCUUGAAGCUCUGGAUUACGGCAACAGAAAUAGAACGCAGCACCCCACUGACGUGAACGCUUCGUCCUCUCGCUCCCAUGCCGUAUUCCAGAUCUACCUGAGGCAGCAGGAUAAGACGGCCAGCCUCAACCCCAACGUGCGUGUGGCUAAGAUGAGUCUGAUCGACCUGGCGGGCUCCGAACGGGCCAGCGCUACCAAUGCUAAGGGUGCUCGCCUACGAGAGGGGGCCAACAUCAACCGCUCCCUCCUCGCCCUGGGCAACGUCAUCAACACACUGGCCGACCCUAAGAGUAAGAAGACACACAUCCCUUACAGAGACAGCAAGCUGACCAGGCUUUUGAAAGACUCUCUGGGUGGGAACUGCAGGACGGUGAUGAUCGCUAAUGUUAGCCCAUCCUCCUACUCUUACGAGGAUACACACAAUACACUCAAGUAUGCCAACCGGGCCAAGGAGAUAAAAUCUACAUUGAAGAGUAACGUGGUCAGCCUUGACAGUCAUAUUGGCCAGUAUGCUGUCAUAUGUGAGAAACAGAAGGCCGAGAUUAUGCUACUGAAACAGAAACUGAAAGAGUACGAGGACCGGAAGGUGGAGGCUCCAAUCUCCAGACAGAAGAGAGACGAAUUUGAGAAAAUGUCAGAGUCGCUGCGGAGCGCGUUUGCGGUGCGGCUGCAGGUGCGGAAGGAGCAGCUGGAGGUGGAGAGGCAGUUGAAGGAGAACCAGCUGAGGCUGAGCCACCGGGCGGAGUGGCACCAGCAGGGCCUGCUCUUCUUCCCCGAGGGCAAGGCCGAGAAGGCCACCUGUAAGUACGAGCGUAAGAUGGCAUCCCUGCACGCUCAUCAGCAACAUCUCCAGAGGCGUUUGGCAGAGAGCGAGCGGCGCUUCCAGGACAACGAGGGCUGGCUGCACCGCCUCGAAAACGAGAUGAAGCUGCUUGGCCAUGAUGGGCACACCCCAGAGGAGCUUAAGAAGGAGCUCCAGUGUCACCGGCUGCAGCUGCAGGUUGAUGACCUCCAGCAGCACAUCGAGCACAUGAGCUGCCUCAUCACCCUGCAGGACCAGGAGAACAAACACAUACGCAGACUGGUCCAUGCUCUGCUCCCUGCCUGCCGCCGGCAGCACCUGGCACUGAAGGCUGCGGGUGUCACCACGGCAACGGACGAGGUGGAGCUGGAGGAGCUCGAGCACCUGGUGCAGCGGGAGCGGGGCGUGGCUUGGGCUGACCAAGAGGCCGCAGGGGUGACGGAGGAGGCGGGUGCGGCCGGCGAGGACAUCCGCCUUCAGCCCAUCCUGCUGUCCUUCUCUCGCCUCGCCCCUCACAAGAACACGCCAUGCAGUGUAGAGAAACAUGCGCACAGAAUCUCCCAGCGGCUCAAACCCUCUCACUCACCUAAAGUCCCUGUGCCCGCGGUGGAGAACACAACUAUGGCCGAGCCUCCAGCCAAAAAGCCAAUCAGGAGGAAGCUCGCCGUUUCGCCCCCAAAGCCCAGCUCCAAUGGCCAGGGUCUGGAGCUGCCCCACUGCCCUCCCGCCCUGCAAGAGGUGCUGCGCCAGGAGGGCAUGUUCCCCCUGCAGUACACGCCCGAGGCAUGCCCCUCUGAAGCUCCCACCGCCAUCGACCCCAACUGCACCUUCGAGGUGGGACAGGACCUGCAGGCGCAGGAGCCAACCACAGCCAACGACACUGUGGUCUUGUCCCCCGGACCGCCAGAGCCUGUCACGGUGUCGGGUCUGAGCCAGCUCCGCAUACUGCGCGCCAGUAACGGGAAUGAACCCCCCAAGAAGUUGGACAUUCCAUCUCUUCUUGACCUCCGUCGAGCCAAGCCGUCCUACAUGGCUAUGACGUCCGCAGCACAGGGCAAGCGCAAGCGCAACUGCACUGGAAAGGAGACUGGACCAGACAUUUCUCAGGGUGUGGCAGCACCCAAGCGCAUAAAGCGUGACCCCUCCGACACCUCAAAACCACUCCGCGUCCGACGUUUCGGAGUCUCGUCGGAGAACGAGCCCAGCAGGGGAGUGGUGCGCAGCGUGUCCGAGGGCAACCUAGACCAGCUGGGCCGGCGCAAGCCCAGAGUCCCCUUUCUCGGGCCUGCCACCUUUUUCAAGAGCAAGAGGAAGUGAACAUUCUCCAUUAAACAUCCCCUGAAAUGUCUUGUGCACUGCCUUCUCACACACAAACACACACAGAGAGACACAUAUCCACUUCCAUCAGGAUUUGUAAGGAGAACAGAAGUGAAAUGUGUAAAUGGCAGACUUUUUUUAGACUUUUAGUAGUGAAUGAUUUUAAAUAUGUAAAGCCUGUUUCUUAUUUCAUUAAAAUAACUUUGUACAAAGAAUGUUUGUCUAAUGCCAAGUGGGGAUUAAAGAUGUACAGAUUUUGUGUUUACUAAAAUGCUGUUGGUUUUUUUUGUUUGUUUGUUUUUGUUUGUUUAGUUGGGGGGUUUUUUGUCUUUUUUUUUCCCCCCACUUGGCAAGAACCUUUCAGUGUUUGUGUUGUCUUUUUAUCAGUGUCAUGCUUUUCUUCCCAUAUAUCUCUUCUGUAGCAGGGAGUUCGAUGUACUUCCUUUCUGUGCUGCAGUACAGUUCAAUAAAGAGCUCCGCACUCUUUAUCUACAGUUGCUUGCUUUUGAAUAAAAAAAGUU